UCCGUUUAGUCAUCAGCUACCUAAAUCCCAAAAUACCCAGCUGCGUAUAGACGUAUCGAAAGUUCGACAUGGCCAACUAUCAGCCGGACGGAGGCAACAUCGUUGUGCGGUCGUUGACGGACGAUACAACCGAGUUCCAGUUGUCGGGAGUCGAGAUGGCCUAUGCGAACAGUCUGCGGAGAGCGAUGAUGGCGGAUGUGCCGACAGUUUGCAUCGAUCAGGUCUCAUUUCGACAAAAUACGAGUCCUCUUCCGGACGAGUUUAUCGCUCAUCGAUUAGGUAUGAUCCCAUUGAUCAGUACGGGGAUCAAGACGAACAUGAGGGAGACCAGGGACUGUUCCUGCGAUGAAGGAUGUGCUUACUGCAUGGUGGAGCUGCAUCUUCGGGUGAAAUGCACACGGGACGAGCAUCUGCCCGUGACCACAGCUCAGUUGGAUGUGGUCCCAGUGACCAUAGCCGAUCCGAAUGAUGACGAAGGUGGUCCGGAGAUGCUGAAAAUGCGACCGAGAGAUUUCGGACAGCCGGUAGGAAAAGUCGCUCUUCCCGAGAGCGGAACGAACGCCCUUCCGAUCGUGAUCACCAAACUUGGAAAGGGCCAAGAGAUUGAUAUCAUUUGCAAGGCGUAUAAGGGUCUGUCGAAACACCACGGAAAAUGGUCACCGCUUUCAGCAGUAGGUUACGAGUACGAUCCUCAUAACAAGCUGCGCCAUACCAGUUACUGGUUCGAAGUCGACCAAAAGGCAGAAUGGCCACCGAUGAAGAGUGCUGCGUACGAGGCAGAGCCAGAACCUGAUGAGCCGUUCGACUACAAUGCCAAACCUGGCACAUUCUACAUUGAAGCGGAGGGGACUGGCAGCAUGCCCGUCAAAGAGGUCGUCCGAUUGGGCUUCGAAGCACUAGAGGACAAGCUUGGACCCAUGAUCACUGAGCUGUACAAGGCGGUGGCCAAGGAGGAAGGACGAGAGAUUGAAGACGAGGACGUGGGGAUGAACGGGGCUGGCAUGAACGGGGACGCCGCGCCGUUGGUACAGUCAUACGGAGCUGGUAUGAACGGAUCGUAUGGGUAUGGCGGUGGGAACGCAGACCCCUACGGAAAUGGAGCGGGAGGAUCUUAUAUGAACGGCGGUGGGAUGCCUUAUCGAUAGAUUCAAGAUUGCGGUCUCAAAUCCCGGAUAAUUCGGGUCAAGUUGUAUCGAGUAUCGUCUAUGUGAGACGAAAUGUCAUUCGGGUGACCAUCACAUACAUGCCUAGCGAGU